AUGGCGCCGCCGCUCGAGGCGCGCGUGCCUCGCGCCCCGGCUGGUACUUUCAGCCGCAAGCAGCGCGAGCUUCGCAUCAAGCGCGGCCUGUUACUACCUCCGGCCUGGCGCGUGCCGACCGAGCGCAGCCUUCACUUCUUCUUGAAGGGCGUGUUGUGCUGUGCGGAGCUCCUCGACGCCAUCCAGACCUGGCGGACUGGUAAGGAGAACACGCUGCGUCAGAUCGCCGAAGUAAUAACGCGACAGCUGAUAUCCAACACGCCUUCGUCGCGACACGCGCUCAUCAAGCGCUUGGUCCGCGACGCGCUGCUGAGCGACAGCGAGGGCAACUACUACUCGAUCGCAGCUACCGAGAAGAGGUUGCGCCACCUCGACUACGAAGACUGCUGCGCGCGUGAUCACUACACGAGUCGCAGCUACGGCAAACGCUUUCACCCCUACGUCCUUUACAGGUUCAUCCUGUUCUUGCAGACACACAACAAAUUGUUGCGCUCUAAGAUUGAGCAGACGGCAUCCUGCGCCGUGUGCAAGGAGCGCGCCGCGCGCCGCGCCGAGGAAGGCGGCGUCCCAGUCAUCUGGCGGCAAGCGGAGCCGUGCCGCCAUUGGACUUGCGAUACGUGUACCCGCGACCUCGCCGCCCGCGGCAUGGCCAACCACUGCAGCUUGUGCCGGGCAAGGGUGAUCUCCUACCCGCUCGGCGUUGCGCCCGGCGCCAACCAGAGCUGA